AUGAACCUACCGUCCAGUGUAGACAUGCAUAGCGGCGUGGACAUGUCUAUACAUCAUGAUAUGUCGUUGCAUCCGGUGUUGGGGGCGAUUCCUCCGGCGUUCUUUCUCCGCGCGUCCGAAAGGUACCAAAGGACGCCGAAGUGCGCCCGCUGUCGCAAUCACGGGGUAGUUUCUGCGCUCAAGGGCCACAAGAGAUACUGUAGAUGGCGCGACUGUGUGUGUGCCAAGUGUACGCUGAUAGCUGAGAGACAACGGGUGAUGGCGGCGCAGGUGGCUCUGAGGAGGCAGCAGGCGCAGGAAGAGAGCGAAGCGAGGGAGCUGGGGCUGAUGUACCCGGCGCCACCAGCACUGCCAGCGCCACCGGGCCCGCCGGCGCCCCCGGAGAUGAUGCACCAGACCAUGUUCCCGGGGAGCCCUCAUAGUCCAGGAGCCAAGAGGGCGCGCAUCUCCGUGGUAGACGACGACGCUUCAGACUCCGCCGAGCCCGAGGACCUUGACAGGAGUCGCUCCAGGAGUCGAACACCUCCGCAACACACGGCGCCACCACUGUCGGCCCCACCACUAUCGGCGCCCCCACAACUGGCGCCCCCAGAGUGUAGUAUAGCACCCCUGGCUCACCCGCUCUCCUCGCCUGCUCACACACAGUCUACGCCCCCUCCUGAGGACUCUAGCAGCGACGGCGAGUCCGCACCAGAGAACCUCUCCCUACCCAAGCCCCGGACGGAGACACCUCCCAGUACCCCGCUGUACGGAGGCUACGCCCCCCUGGGCUACGGCCCUCUCGCCUCCUCCCAGCGCUCCCCCGUGGACGUCCUACUCCGGGUGUUCCCUGGUAGACGACGACAAGACGUGGAGGCGACGCUCAACAGAUGCAAAGGAGAUGUGCUCCAGGCUAUAGAACUCAUGCACCUCAUAGAGUUUCAAUUAAAGAGUCCACUCUUCAACUCUUUUCUUGAGCAGAACCCUCAUCUGCAAACAUCCCCUUCAAGAAUGUGUUCCGAAUCCGAGGAGCCAAGGUCGGCGUUCUCCCCUCUAGGACCUCCCUGCACCUCCCUCCGAGGACAACACUUCGGACCCCAGGCUCGGCGCUUCCUCGCAGCCCCGUACUCCGGCACGGGCUACCUCCCUACCGUCAUCCGCCCGGAGUACGCCCUGCCGCUCCACCUCUACACCCCGGACAAGACUACGGCGUCGUCCCCCGGAUCUAACACCGGCUCGGACAAGACGUCGUACUCGGAGUAGCAGCGAGUGUGAGUGUAAAUAUUUGGAUUGUGUUUUUGUUUAAAAAAUGUCUAUAGUGUUACAAUCACUGAGCUGGAAUACAACUGAGGUAGUACUCAAAAACUGUUAAAAAUGGAGACGCUUUACAAUUUUGUU